UUCCUCCUGAGUCAGGCAGAGGAGAGGAAGCAGGCAGAGCAGCAGGAAAAGGGUCUCUUUGCAGAAAUGGGCCUGGAUUCCUGUGAGGCAGAGAAGACUCCGUUGGACGCCAGAGGGAGGCCACUGGGUGACCGAAGGAUGCCCCCCAGACCUCCUCAUCCAUCUUUUCAUGAGAACGGAGGAGAAGCAGCAGCUGUGGAAACAGAUCUGGGUCCUCUGUGCUUUGAAGAUGUCGCUGUGUAUUUCACAGAGGAGGAAUGGGCGUUGCUGGAUCCUGACCAGAGAGCUCUGCAUAAGGAAGUCAUGGAGGAGAAUCGUAGGAUUGUGGACUCUCUCAGUGGAGAUGGAUUGGAAAUUAUGAACAAGGGGAACCGUGACAACAUUCACACUGUGUGGAAGUUGUAUAAAUAUUUGGAGUGUGGAGAGAGUUAUAGUCUGAGCUCCCAUUCUACUUCACAUAAAAUAUAUCCUACUGGGAAAAAUCGUUAUUGGUACUUGGAAGAUGGUAAGACAUUUCGUCAGAAGACAUUUCUCACUUUCCCUAAAAGAACUCACAGCAGGGAGAAACCCCAUCAGUGUUUGGAAUGUGGGAAGAGGUUCAGUCACAGGGCUGUGCUCAAGGCCCAUCAAAGAAGUCAUACAGGAGAGAAACCCUCUAAGUGCUUGGAAUGUGGAAAGAGCUUCAGGCAGAAAGCUAAUCUCACAGAUCAUCAAAGAAUUCAUACAGGGGAGAAACCAUAUCAGUGCUUGGAAUGUGGAAAGAGCUUCAAACUGAAGAGACAUCUCACUUAUCAUCAAGCAAUUCAUAGUCAGGAGAGACCAUAUCAGUGCUUGGAGUGUGGGAAGAGCUUCAGGGAGAAAUCUAAGCUCACUUCCCAUCAAAGAAUUCAUACAGGGGAGAAACCAUAUCAGUGCUUGGAGUGUGGGAAGAGCUUCAGUCAGAGGGGUCAUCUCACUUCCCAUCAAAGUAUUCAUACAGGGAAGAAACCAUAUCAGUGCUUAGAAUGUGGAAAGAAUUUUAGUCGGAAGGAUACCCUUACUUCACAUGAAAGAAUUCACCGAGUGGAGAAACCAUAUAAAUGCUUGGAAUGUGGAAGGGGCUUCAUUAAGGGCUGCCAGCUCACUUCCCAUCAAACAAUUCACACUGGGGAGAAACCCCAUCAGUGCUUAGAUUGUGGGAAGACCUUCACUCGCAAGAAUAGUCUCACUUUCCAUCAAAGAAUUCAUACAGGGGAGAAACCAUAUCAGUGCUUGGAAUGUGGGAAGAACUUCACUAGCAAGAAUAGUUUCACUUCCCAUCAAAGAAUUCAUACAGGGGAGAAACCAUAUCAGUGCUUGGAAUGUGGAAAGAGCUUCAGGCAGAAAGCUAAGCUCACUUCCCAUCAAAGAAUUCAUACAGGGGAGAAACCAUAUCAGUGCUUGGAAUGUGGGAAGAACUUCACUAGCAAGAAUAGUUUCACUUCCCAUCAAAGAAGUCAUACAGGGGAGAAACUAUAUCAGUGCUUGGAAUGUGGAAAGAGCUUCAGGCAGAAAGCUAAGCUCACAGCCCAUCAAAGAAGUCAUACAGGCGAGAAACCAUAUCAGUGCUUGGAAUGUGGAAAGAAUUUUAGUCGGAAGGAUACCCUUACUUCACAUGAAAGAAUUCACCGAGUGGAGAAACCAUAUAAAUGCUUUGAAUGUGGAAGGGGCUUCUUUAGGGGCUGCCAGCUCACUUCCCAUCAAACAAUUCACACUGGGGAGAUACCCCAUCAGUGCUUGGAAUGUGGAAAGAGCUUCAGUCACAAGCAGGGUCUCACUUCCCAUCAAAGAAUUCAUACAGGGGAGAAACCGUAUCUGUGCUUGGAAUGUGGAAAGAAGUUCACCUGGAAAAAAACUUUCACUUCCCAUCAAAGAAUUCAUACAGGGGAGAAACCGUAUCAGUGCUUGGAAUGUGGAAAGAGCUUCAGUCACAGGCCGGGUCUCACUUACCAUCAAAGAAUUCAUACAGGGGAGAAACCGUAUCAGUGCUUGGAAUGUGGAAAGAGCUUCAGUCACAAGCAGGGUCUCACUUCCCAUCAAAGAAUUCAUACAGGGGAGAAACCAUAUCAGUGCUUGGAAUGUGGAAAGAGCUUCAGUAGGAAGAGAAGUCUGACUUGCCAUCAAAGAAGGCAUACAAGGUAUGAACCCUAUAAAUGCUUGGAGUGUGGAAAGAGUUUCAGUCAGAAGGACCAUCUCAUAUCCCAUCAAAGUAUUCAUACAGGGGAGAAGCCAUAUCGGUGCUUGGAAUGUGGAAAGAGCUUCAAAUGGAAGAAAAGUCUCACUUUCCAUCAAGGAACUCACAGCAGGGAGAAUCAUGGUAUUUGAAGAUGGGUCUCCUAUCUCCUCUCAAUCUCCUCUUUUGCAGUCUAAGCCUACCGAGCUCCUUCUAUCGUUCCUUAAAAGGCUUGGUUUCCAAAUGCUUGAUUAUAUUGGUCACCAUUCUCUGCACAGAUUCCAACUUCUCAAUAUCCUCCUUUGAUUGUGACAUCCAGAAUUGAGCACAGGACUCCAGGUGUGGUCUGACCAAGGCAGAAGGGAACAUAGUCUUACUUCCCAUGACCUGGACAUUAGACAUCUGUUGAUAUAGCCUGAAAUAGCAUUAGCUUAUUUUGCUACUGACUCACCUUGUUGACUCACGUUAAGCUUGUGUCCUUUUCACAUGUGCUGCUGGCAAGCGUGGUGUUUCCCAUAGAAUCAUAGAAUUGUAGAGGUCUAAUGGUCUUAGUGGACCACAAGCUAAACAUGAUUCAAUCGUCUGAUGGCAUCCAGCAUGGAAGGAGUGCCUCCGUUUUUUAGCAUUUUUAGGGUUAGGGUUCCACUGCGGGAGGCAGUGGAAGACAGGAGGGCCUGGCGUGCUCUGGUC